ACAGCUUUCCUGCUCACUGCUAUGACCACUCCACUGGAAGAUGCAAUGGACACCUUGAUCAGGAUUUUCUAUCACUACUCUGGCAAAGAAGGAGACAGAAACAAGCUCAGUAAAGGAGAACUCAAGGAGCUUCUCACCAGUGAGCUCACUGACUUCCUUUCAGGCCAAAAGGACCCCCUCCUGGUUGAUAAAAUAAUGAAUGACCUGGACUCCAAUAAGGACAAUGAAGUGGACUUUAAUGAAUUUGUCAUUCUGGUUGCUGCUUUGACUGUGGCAUGUAAUGAUUUCUUUGAAGAACAGCUAAAGAAUGAGGGAUUUUAA